GUUGAUCUGGUCGCCGCUUCUCAGGAUCCCAUUCUUUUUUGGGACAUGACGGGACCUUGAUCUUUGCUGACUCCACCGGACAACUGGGUCUUUCGGUGCUUCUUGCUGCUGUCAUUGCUGCUGUGACCUGUCGCCAUAGAAAAAAUUAUCCGUACAUUGUUUCUGUGGCCACGACAUUCAAGUUCUCAUCACCCACGCCUCCUGGCGAUUGUCAUCGUCGACUCUCUUUCUUCCUAAUGCUUUCGCCUUGAGCCUGCCAUCUCAACACUCUCUGCCGCAAUGGCGAGCAAAAUCUCCCUGCGCAUGAAGCCCGUCGGCUUCUCAAUUACAUCACGCAGGCCCUUGUCCUCCCUCGCCGCAAACUCACUUCGCACCGCAAUACCUCAAUCUCAUCUUGCUCCCAAGCAAUCACAAUUCCUUCCUCGUCCUCUCCUACAACAAUCAUUCCGCCGGACAUACGCUGAAAAUGCGGCCCCUUCCGUCAAACUGUCCCCGGAGCCCAAGCCUAAGAAGCGCUUCAGAUUCUUCCGUUUUCUCUGGCGGGUAACAUAUCUCUCGACUUUUGCUGCUCUCGGUUACACUGGGUAUCAAAUCUGGGAAGGUCGAAACCCUGCCGAUCAGGAUGAACCAGACCCCAGCAAGAAGACGCUCGUUAUUCUCGGUACUGGUUGGGGAUCUGUCUCUCUGCUCAAGAACUUGAACACUGAAAACUACAAUGUCGUCGUCAUUUCGCCUCGAAACUAUUUCCUCUUCACUCCCUUGCUACCCUCCUGCACGACCGGUACCAUUGAACACCGCUCUAUCAUGGAGCCCAUCCGGAACAUUCUCCGACACAAGAAGGCAAGAGUCAAGUUCUACGAAGCUGAAGCUACCAAGAUCGACUAUCAGAAGAAGAUUGUCUACGCUAAAGAUGACUCCGAUAUCAAGGGCGAUACCAUGGAGACCGAAGUUCCUUUCGAUAUGCUUGUCGUCGGCGUCGGCGCGGAAAAUGCUACCUUCGGUAUUCCUGGUGUCCGUGAGCAUGCUUGCUUCUUGAAGGAGGUUGGUGAUGCUCAAAGGAUUCGGAAACAAAUCAUGGACUGUGUCGAGACCGCCACCUUCAAGGACCAGUCGCCCGAGGAGGUCAAGCGUCUUCUGAACAUGGUAGUCGUUGGUGGUGGCCCUACCGGCGUCGAAUUUGCUGGUGAACUGCAGGAUUUCUUCCAGGAAGACUUGCUCAAAUGGGUGCCUCAAAUCAAAGAUGACUUUCAUGUGACCUUGGUCGAAGCUCUGCCCAACGUCCUGCCCAUGUUCAGUAAGCAAUUGAUCGAAUACACUGAGUCAUCCUUCAAGGAAGAGCACAUCGAUAUUCGCACCAAGACAAUGGUCAAGAACGUCACCGACAAGUACAUUGAAGCUGAAGUUCAGAAGCCUGAUGGAACCAAGGCUGUCGAGAAAAUCCCAUAUGGCCUUCUUGUGUGGGCCACUGGUAAUGCUCUGCGUCCUCUUGUCAAGGACCUCAUGUCGCAGAUUCCUGCACAGAAGAAUGCUCGCCGUGGCCUGGAAGUCAAUGAGUAUCUGGUCGUCAAUGGUACUGAGAACAUCUGGGCUGUCGGUGAUUGCGCCGUCGCCAAUUACGCGCCCACUGCGCAAGUGGCUGCCCAAGAAGGUGCCUUUCUCGCUCGAUUGUUCAACACCAUGGCCAAGACGGACGCUCUAGAAAACGAGCUGCGACAACUGUCGCAAAAGCAAGCUACCGCCAAACCAGAUGAACGAAAUGUCAUUUUGAACGAGAUCAACGAACGCCAACGACAGCUACGUCGCGUGAAGCAGAUCGGUCCCUUCCAGUACUCGCACCAGGGCUCGCUGGCGUACAUCGGUGCUGAAAAGGCCGUGGCUGAUGUAUCUUGGUUCAGCGGCAACAUUGCCUCGGGCGGUACCAUGACCUAUCUGUUCUGGAAGAGCGCAUACUUGAGCAUGUGCUUUAGCACACGAAACCGUGUCCUCGUCAUGUUCGAUUGGGUCAAGGCCAAGUUCUUCGGCCGUGAUGUGUCGAGAGAGUAAAUAUCCAGAAAGAGCCAUGGACUCCGCCAUAAUUUGUCUUUUGAAUCAAGCGUUGAGUCUGGCUGGAAUUGGGAGGAAUCACUGGAGCUUGGGCUUGUUUGUGUACUACUUAUGUAACAAAUUGCUCGUUUCUAUGGACGUCAAAGACAAAGGUGCUAGGGUACCUUGCCCUCGUCAGGCUCACAUGGACGCAGAGUCGACAUCUGUGGGAGGAUAUGUCACAUAGGAUGUUUGAAUUUACAGAAGCAUGCAACGAUUGACGUUUUCGAGCUUGAGGUCUGGUCUUCGUGCUUUGAAUGAUGUUAAUCGCCUUCUCCAGC